GACCAAUCAGUACACAGCAGCAAGUUUUUCAAAACUACACCCGCCAUUAUGCUGAAUAGCUAUCAUAUUUCGGUUCGUUGUCGUAGCUAGCCAGUUUGUUAGUCUAAUAGCUGUCUAAAUUAUAUAGAGUCUACAAUACUUAGCGAGCAAAUUACCACGGCCUAGGAUGGAGACGCGCUUCUCUCACCUCUACCAGCGGGACAGCAGUGUCUCCAUGCUGCGGGUGAAGAUGGCCCGUAGGCGAUCCCAGUCCCAAAAGGAGAAUCGGGACCGCGCUGUGAACCGUCACCGUCGCCUGGACCAGCUACCCGAGCUGGAGGUAUCGUCCCUGGACGAGUCUGUAAUCAAGCUUCCAGCGGCGGCCAGUGACGAGAUGGCACCCGGGCAAAACCAAGUAAAAAGCGGCCGCAGUGCAGCGGUGGAGGAGAGGAAGAAGAUGCUGGCACGGUAUAAGGAAGCCAAGGAGCUGCAGAAAGAGAAAGCGAGAAGAGAAAAGGAGAAGAAGGGCGGGGUCUUCAAGGUGGGCGUGUAUAAGCCCCAGCCCCUGAACGUACUGCCCCAGAUCUCUUCUGCACCAAUCAGGGCCAAGACCUCAGUGCCAGCCCAAUCCAGCAGAGUCACACGCUCCAUGAAGCAGCAGGUCCAGAAGCCACCAACGCACAGAGCGGCUGUUGCUGCAUCCAGGAAAGUGGACCCCGCUGAGAUCAGAGCGCCACUGAGCCGAGCUGUCGGCAAGCCGCAGUCCGCGGCCGCGUCUGCCCGAGGAAAAGCAGCUCCAGCGGAGGCAGCGGUCCGUCCCGCGACGACCAGAGCGGCCAGCAGGUCUCAGACGGCCUCCCUGGCGGGCGCACGAAAACCUGCGCCAGAAGCAGCUGCCAAUGUGUCAAAAACCAGAGCUGGCAACAAGCAGCCUGCAGCGCCUCCUAUUGGCAGGGGCAACCCUGCACAAGGCAAGAGCACGACAAGAGCACAAUCCAGAGUGCAGAAGUGUGCCCAGCCUGCCGAGGUGGAAGAGAUGGACACCAGCCCAGCUGACCCCUGCUCUGAAGCGGAGCAGGCACAGAAGGAGGAGGAGCAGCAGGAGGUGGUGGAGGAGGAGGAGGAGGAGGAGGAGGAGAGGGAGAAUCUGCCUGCUGGGUCUUUCGCCCCUCAGGGUUUUGUGUUCCAGGCUCCGUGUGGCCUCAAGCCCUUCCCGUUUGUCCCCCUCACCCCUCGCUCUGCCGACGCCUUCCUCACUCCCAGUUACAUUGGCGUUCCUCCAGCCCUGUCCUUCUCUCCUCUGCCCCCCCGGGACCAGGUGGAGCCCCCUCGCUCUUCUCCCUCUCUCCCGCCUCCUCUCUCCCCCCAGGAGCCACAGCACGACGUGCUGUACUUCAGGUCGGUGCUGGCCAGUGAGACGGCCCAGCUGAGCUCUCUGUGUGAGGAGUGGCAUCUGCGGCCUGAAGACUCCUCCAUCCCUGAGGAGAGUCGGGACAGGAUCCGCACUGCGGUGGGCCAGGCCAGGCUGCUGAUGAAGGAGCGCUUCAGCCAGUUCCAGGGCCUGGUGGACGACUGCGAGCUGGGCAGGGGGGAGAAGGUCACCACCUGCACCGACCUGCAGGGCUUCUGGGACAUGGUCUACUUCCAGGUGGAAGACGUGAUCAGGAAGUUUGACGCUCUCCGAGAGGCGGAGUCUAGAGGCUGGCAGGAGGAGCACAAGUCUCCACCCCGCCCAAAAAAGACCAAGAAGCCACGCCCAGCUGCAGCCGCAGGGAAGGCCGGGGCCGGAGGCGGGGCCAGCGCCGCUGCCCGCAGUCGUCUGGCCGCGGUGAAGGCGGCCAUGAAAGCCAAGCGCGCGGCGGAGUCGGCUCCCAUGGAGACCCAGCCUGACUCCGCCCCUCCUGCCGCCCAGCCUGACCCCGCCCAGACCGUGGUCUUCCACGGGGGCUUCUUCCGCGUAGAGAGCCCCAUCCGCGUGCCCGGGGCCUCAAGACAAUCCUCUCGUAGGAGUGCCGUACCCUCCCUCCCUGGCUCUCCGUGCCCCGCCUCACAAUUCACCACCCCGGCGAGGCAUCGCCCCUCUGUGCCCGCUCACCCGUCCCCUCUUCCCUCGCUCUCCCUCAGCACCCCCACUGCCUGCACACCUCGCCCCCUCCCUCAGGGUCAGUGCACUCCUCCCAAACCUGCUCUCCAUGCUGGCGCCCCCUGUGGCCAGUCGGAGUAUGACGACAGGCAGCCUGUGGCUGCUCCUGCAGGGGGCCAGGCCGAGCGUACUGGAACCCUCACCCAGCCUCCAGAAGAAGCCCUAGAGCCCUCCAGCCAAUCACAGGCCCUAGAGCGUGCGGCAAAAACCAACAGCCAGUACAGGCUUGCCCCAGAGGAGGCGGAACAAACAGCCAGCCAAUUGGAGGGUGUGGCCGAGCCCAAAGCAGACGGCAGUGUUCUUCCCUUCCCAUCUCUCCAGGCUCUGACGCCUGAGGCUGUGGGCCAGAACCGCAGCCUCUGCCUCUCCCUCUCCCCCUGUCAGACAGCAGAUCAGCUUCCUGGUGAAGGCCGUGGGUUAAGCUUCACCCUGUCCCCCUGUCAGACAGCAGAUCCCGCUUCAGACUGCGGGUUAAGCCUCACCCUCUCCCCCUGCCCAUCUGACGGUGCUGAGCAGCGUUCCCCUUCCGCCUCCUCCCUGAGCCUCCUGGCCCCCCUGGACCCUCACACACCAGCGCCCUGCAGCAUGGACAGCCCGGCUGGUUCUUCUGAGGCCUGCAUGGCCGUCUCUCCGGACGCACCCUACGCUGAGAACACUCCAGGUUUGGACUUUGAGCGUUACCUACGGCCCACCCUGAGGUGCAGCCCUUCGCCGCAGUCGGCUGCGGUCGCCAUGGAAGCAUCGCCGCUGCUGGCAACGUCCCCGUGCACCGACGUGCAGAUGGACAGUCCUGGACCUCAGCUGGAGGGGCAGCCGGAGGGAGUUUCCCUGGUGCACGCGGCCCCAGUCCCGCUGAUUCCCCUCGGACACACGUUCUCCCCGCAGGCACACCAGCUGGAAGACGGAGAGCUGCUGCUCUUUACCUCUGAGCCGCGGGACAGAGUGCGGCAGUCAGUGUGUGAGAGAGACCUCAUGACCUUCACCCCUCCCUGUGGCCGCUGAGGAUGUGCUGGCAUGCACGCGCUCACAAACACACACACACACACACACACACACACACACACACACACACACAGACAUGCGCACAGACACACACACACACACACACACACACCGGCAUUUUCAGAGUUAUGGAUAUGAUGCUUGAGACAGCUUACUGCAAACUGACACCGCCUACACUUCCCUUAUUUCUAUCCGCUCAAAAAGAAUUUUAUUUAUAUAUCAUUAGUGUCUUAAGAGUGACCUCCAUCCUUUGUGGAGAAGAUUGUGGGUGUAAUGGAUUUUGACGUGUACCAGCUUCCUCGGAUUGCUUAGGUAUUUGCAUAGAGAUGAGCAGCUGGUCUUUAAAAUUGAUUUCCUUCCUUAAGCUGUUAUACAAUAUCCUGGUAAUUAGAUUUUUGUGACCAGAAAAGGAAGUGGUGAAUAAAGGUUUUAUACUUUUA